GUCUCCAGGCAAGGGGUAAACAGAUGACUGGAUCAGGCGAGCUGUGACAGCAGUCAACCAGUACCUCACAGACAGGUCGGGAGGAGUCACCACGCUCCAGUUGUCCUGUCUUCGUCAAAGAGAACACAAUGGGUACUUUCCUAUGCCGAGCUCUGUUUUUCUUGCAGAUUUGGCAGUAUGUGGCCGUGCAAGGGAUGUUCUUAGACCAGUUUCUACGGAUAGACAUCUUCAAGAUCUUCGGAGCGAGAAGCGUCCCUAACCACUGCUUCGCUAGCCUGAAUGUUUGCAAGUUAGACUGUGACGAAUGCAGCGUCUGCUAUAACAAUUACAUUGACUGCUCCUUUCGUGGAGGAUUGGCGCCACCACCACCUCAAAAGACAUCCCCUGCAGAAAAACUUGUUCAGCCAUUAAAAACCCCUCCUAUAACCGUUGGCACUCCUCCCUUAACCCAAGCAUCUAGUAUUGUGCAGUCUGGAAAGUCUAACACUACAAACAGUACUUUUAAAUUAUCUGGAUCGGCAAGUCAACAAGUCUUCUCUAUACCACAUGCUAGUCUCGGUUCUGCUGGAAUAGCAGGUACUCCAACUGGAAAAGAGGCCCAUGCUCUACCAGGAAGUUCUGUUGCUUCGUUACAUGUGACGGUACCCAAUGUACUGCCUAGCUCGGUGGCGGGCUUCGAAAAACCUUUGCACGUCCUGCCUAGCUCGGUGGCGGGCUUCGGAAAACCUCUGCACGUCCUGCCUAGCUCGGUGGCGGGCUUCGAAAAACCUCUGCACGGGCUGCCUGGCUCGGUGGCGGGCUUCGAAAAACCUCUGCACGGGCUGCCUGGCUCGGUGGCGGGCUUCGAAAAACCUCUGCACGUGCUGCCUGGCUCGGUGGCGGGCUUCGAAAAACCUCUGCACGUGCUGCCUAGCUCGGUGGCGGGCUUCGAAAAACCUCUGCACGUGCUGCCUGGCUCGGUGGCGGGCUUCGAAAAACCUCUGCACGUGCUGCCUAGCUCGGUGGCGGGCUUCGAAAAACCUCUGCACGGGCUGCCUAGCUCGGUGGCGGGCUUCGAAAAACCUCUGCACGUGCUGCCUGGCUCGGUGGCGGGCUUCGAAAAACCUCUGCACGGGCUGCCUGGCUCGGUAGCGGGCUUCGAAAAACCUCUGCACGUGCUGCCUGGCUCAGUAGCGGGCUUCGAAAAACCUCCGCACGUAUCACCCAUGAUUGGCAGUUUGAAAACGCACCUUCCUGGUCCUGCAGUUUUUGGAAGCAUUUCCUCUGGUCCAGGUAGCCUGAUCAAUUGGGAAAAUUUCUUCACCCGAAGUGGUCGGGACGCUGAAAGUACCCCGGUGAACUCCGUGGAAUCUACCUCUUUGCUUGCGAGCACCACCACCGGCUCCGUGGACCCUACCUCUGUGCUUGGGAGCACCACCACCGGCUCCGUGGACCCUACCUCUGUGCUUGCGAGCACCACCACCGGCUCCGUGAACCCUACCUCUGUGAUUGCGAGCAGCAGCACAGGUUCGGUGCACUCUACCUCUGAGCUUGCAAGCAACACCACCGGCUCCGUGCACUCUACCUCUGUGCUUGCGAACAGUACCACCGGCUCCGUGCAGUCUACCUCUGUGCUUGCAAACAGCACCACCGGCUCAGUGUACUCUACCUCUGUGCUUGCAAGCAACAUCACCGGCACAGUGGGAAAUACGACUGGAGGCACAGAGACUAACGGUACAGCAGCACAGCCGGGUGACGGUUCAAGAGCUUCAAGUCAAGUAGGAUCCUACCUGGUUUUAUAGUUAAAUGUGGAUUUAAGUUUUUGUAAAGUUUAAUCUAAAAAUCAUACUUGUAUUUAAAAUGAAACUGCCAUGUAACUGGAAAUGUCUGUUCAAUUUCUCCUUACUGGAAGAUGAGAUUAUUAAUUCUAUAGGAAUGUUUUGGCCUAGAGUAUUGGCAGUUGCUUGAGCCUGGAUACUAGGAACUGUUUGAAACUUACAUCUUUGUAUUUUUAAUAAAGCAAUUUUUGCCCUUGGAAAAAGUUCUUGGCCAACUGCCCAGUGUAAACUGUGAUAAACCAAAUAACUGUUGAAAUGAGGCUAUCAGGGAGGUGUUUGUGGAGAUUUGAAUAGCUAUAAUGGGAAUGGUGAUUGGCUAGGCUACCAGGGAGGUGUUCGCGGAGACUUGAAUAGCUGUAAUGGGGAUGGUGAUUGGCUAGGCUACCAGGGAGGUGUUCGCGGAGACUUGAAUAGCUGUAAUGGGGAUGGUGAUUGACUAAGGGUACUCUUGCGAACACUUAAGUAAUGCAUCUUGUGAUGCAAUUACUAGUCCCAUGCAACUUGCUAAAUAAACUUGCUUUUGGAGAGAGAAGUAUGCAACAAAUGUCUUUCAAAUGUGUUUAAAUUAAAUAUUUUAAAUAA